AUGGCGCCCGCAGCAUCGACCGGUGGCAAGAAGCAAAAGAAGAAGUGGUCCAAGGGCAAGGUCAAGGACAAGGCCCAGCACGCCGUCGUCCUCGAGAAGAGCACCUCCGAGAAGCUCUACAAGGAUGUUCAGUCCUACCGUCUGAUCACCGUCGCCACCCUCGUUGACCGUCUCAAGAUCAACGGCAGCCUUGCUCGCCAGGCUCUCGCCGACCUCGAGGAGAAGGGACAGAUCAAGAAGGUUGUUGGCCACUCCAAGAUGAACAUCUACAGUAUGUCCCAGCCCUCUGAUAAAUGGUGGAAUCGCCAGAAAUGCUAA